CGAGCACCAGACCUGACCGGCAGCGCAGAUAGCGGGCACGCGCUUAGACUAACUCGCACUCGGUUUAGAUUUUGGGAUGGAAACUCGUUCGGCGGCGCGCAGCAUUCGCGCCUCCAGCACUCUUACCUUCAAGAGUAGUUUGUCUCUCUGGUUGGUGGUGUGGCUGUUGGCAUGUCGCUGUGCACCGGGUCAGGCAUGUCCCAGGCUGUGUGUAUGCUACCACACGCCCAUGACAGUCAGCUGCCAGUCUCAGAACUUCACCACUGUUCCUGCUGGAGUGCCCUAUGACUCUCAGCGUGUAUUCCUGCAGAACAACCGCAUAGCUGAGCUCAGAGCUGACUCCUUUGGUUUUGAGACACAGGUCCUAUGGCUGUACUCUAAUAACAUCUCAUGGAUAGAGGCAGGGGCGUUCAGUAAUCUGCGUGUCCUAGAGGAACUGGAUUUGAGUGACAACCCAUCACUGCGAAGGCUAGACGGGGGUGCCUUCAGGGGGCUGGAGCGUUUGCAGAGCCUACACAUGCACCGCUGCCACCUAAAUGAGCUGCCCGCCGACCUCUUUCAUAAGCUCUAUAGCUUACAGUUCCUCUACUUACAGGAAAACCAGCUGACCCACCUACCUGAUGGCCUCUUUUCUGACCUCGUCAACCUCACCCAUCUCUUCCUGCAUGGCAAUCGCAUUCGAACCCUGUCUGAAAAUGCCUUUCGGGGCCUGGUGAAUCUCGACCGACUACUUCUGCACGACAACCGCAUCCGUCAAGUCCACCGCAGAGCCCUUCGCGACCUGGGCCGCUUGACCAUCCUCUAUCUCUUUAACAACUCCCUGCAGGAGCUACCAGGCCAGGUGCUGAAGGACACAUCGUCAGUACAGUUCCUCAGGCUCAAUGCCAACCCCUGGACCUGCGGCUGUGAAGCAAGGUCACUCUGGGAGUGGUUCCGCAAAGCUCGGAUCUCCAGCUCAGACCUGACUUGCACUUCACCAGCUCCUCGUAAAGGCCAGGACCUGAGGUUCUUGCGAGAGCUUGACUUUGCCCUCUGCCCAUUGCCUGACCCAGGAUCCCUGGCUGGCACUACAACCACCACCUUCAGCACCAAGACACGUUGGUGGUUCUCUAAGAACAAACCAGCCUCAUCAUCCAAGAGCCUUUUUCACAAGAGUAAGGAGACCAUAAAGGCCUUUCCAUUUACCUCCAUCAAAAGUCCUUCUUUGUCCUCCUCAUCAAAGUACGACCUCACAGUGGAGGAGGCUGCCUUACCCAAGCUGGAGCCCGAAGAAUACUGGGCAAACUAUGGCAAUGAGGAUGCAGCCUCAGUCCGCUGUUUUGAGUUAGAGUGUCCACCAGGUUAUGACUCUCCCGUUCUCUCCUCCUCAGCAUCCCUUCUGUCCUUCCUUUCGCUUACAGCACUGACUCUCUCUUUCCAUCUGCUAUUUGGCUGAGUUUUCUUUCUCCUUCUACUGUUAUUCUACAAUCCCUUUCCCUGGCGGCCGGGCAUAGACAGAUGCAUAGGGAACUAGCAGAGAAGGUAGACAAUACUGAAACAAAAAUCAAGUAUAAAAAACACAUCUGCAGGUGCAUGUUGCAACACUCUCUUGCAAAAAUACAACAGAAACAGGGCUGAUGCGUUUAUGCAUAGAUUCCAUGUAGUCCUUGGAAUAAAUCACAUCCUCCUCUAAAGUCAGAGAACAAAAGACAAGCAGAGGAUGGAUGGAGAAGGGGAUGGAGAGGCAGUGAUGUGGGUGGGGUUGUGAAACUACAUGGUCUAGUAAGAUGCAAUUGACACUAGGUUGUCAAGGAGAGUGCAUACAAAAACUCUCAUACGAGCAAAUGAGAAUGUAAAUAUUUAAUGAUCAUCACAGUCAAUAUAAAUAGGACCAUAUACUGUACAUGCUCACACACAUACUUGAGACAGAUUUUUCCAGAACAUGUAAGAGACUGUGGAUUACAGUAUUUAGUGGGAUUGUUGGCUACCGUCUAAUAGUUCAAGCACAUCAAUCUGAUAAAAGAAAGACAAGUUGAUGGUUUUCAUGUUGAUUUUAUCUUGAUUAUCAACAGUUAAAUAACUGUGAUAAGUACUUCAGGUUGUUUUAGUUAACAUGAGCUGUCCCAGGAACUUUAGGUGUCAAGUAAAGUUAGGGAAGGAAGUCGAUGUUUAAUUCAAGAACUCAGAAACCACUUGGGGUGAUAAACUGUGUUUUCUGUGUGCGUAUAAGGUAUCACAUAGCCUUUCUCUCUGAGCAAGUGUUCAGCCGUGUGCAGAAAGGUAAAACAGAUUAUGCACUCCAUCUACAACAACUUGUAAAUAAACCAUCAUCAAUAAAUAUUCAAACAUG